AUGUCACUUCUUCGUCCUUCAAUUGCAGGUCGAUUAUUGCGUACUGCAGGUACUCCUGGACUGCGAUCCAUUGCAAAUGGGGUGAGAUACGAACAGACAUCUGCUGGUGUCCCUCUUACUUCUUCAAUCGUCUCGCAACCGCGCCAUGCUACUGAGGAGUCGUCGACGAUUAAUCACCCUCAAUCAAAAGACAAGGUGGUUAAGCAUAACCAACCGGAUUACGGAGUGGAGGUCGAUCAUGCUGUUUCAUUGUUCACACCAAUCCCAAAGCGCGUUAUGAAUGGUAGCGAAGAGGGAGAAGCUCUGCCCGCUGCAGUGUUAUCUGGUGCUCCUGUCGAGCUGCAAGGUCGGACAGUCCGUAUUUACCGCCCUUCAAAAACCCCCACGCAAUCCGGCGACUGGCAUGGUCACCACUGGCGUAUGGACUGGGACAUCUUGUCCAAGGGCCAUCGUUGGGAGAAUCCUCUUAUGGGAUGGCAGUCAUCGGCCGACUUCAUGCAAGGCACACACGUGAACUUCAAAACUAGAGAGGAUGCGAUCAGAUUUGCGGAGAAGCAGGGAUAUGAGUUUUUUGUGCAAGAGCCGAAUGAAAGGAAAAUUACGCCCAAGGUGUACGCAAAUAACUUUCUAUGGAGUGAUAAGAAGUUGAAGCACAUCAGGACGAAGUAG